AUGACUCCCGUUGAUAUUCUUGGGCUCAUUUUCGUGCUGCUCGCGUCACUUCUCGCCUCUAUCUCAUAUGGGAUAUUCUUGACUCGUCGUCGUAUCCCUCUCAACUGUACCACUCAGAUCGAGGCUCAAGUAGAGGUCGAGAAGGUUCAAGCGUCGCUCGUGACUCCGGCUCCGGCUCCGUCUUCCUGCCUGGCGCUCCCCCUCCCUGCAACCACUGCUACUCGUAGCCCGUCCUCAGGCUUCUUGUUCGACAGUAUACUUGGAAAGCUUGCCAGGAAGCCUGCCAACGAUGUCGUCAAUGUCUCUACCCUCCCUACGCCAGUCGUCGACAUGUUCGUCACUCUUCCCCCACGUCGUCGCGACCAUGAGCCCCCUGUCAGGACCAAGGAGAGAUGGUUCGCCCUUGAAUCCGAUGCCUCUCUUGAAACAUUUGUACAGGAUCCACUUGCGGACAAGAGGACUCCCGUUCCUGCCAUGCCUCCCAACACCCCAUGCGACUCGAACUACCUGUCGGCAGCUUCCACCCCGUCUCUCAGCAGCAGGGUAUCCAGUCCCACGAGUCCAGCAUCUACCUGGGAGCCAUGCACACCUCCUCCGCCGUCUACCCCCCGCACUGCUUUUCCCGUGAUACAAGUUGCCUCCGAUGUUCUGGAUCCUCUAGAGGAGUCAAUGAUCGUUUCGGAGGCAGAAAACGACGGCACGAGCGAUAGCUCAGCUUUCUCCCUCGAUAUCAAGGAUGGUGCGCACCAUGUCACCCAGAAGGCGGACGAUAAUUGUGCUGUUGAUCAGCGCUUCACGUCCGAGAAAGGUCGCUCCUCGGGGCCCUGCAAGCCGGUUACCGUCGGUGCUGUCUCUGUCAUCCCGUCCAGCCCCUCGGCCUACGACCCCUUCGCCUCGCCUUAUGGCACCACACUCGACAUGGGCCUCAAAGGCGCCAAGCGCUACGAUGGUCUUAUUCGUGCCAUCUCUGCUUCCUUCUCUGCCUCGAGCCUAGGACUUCCGGACAGCCGACGCAGCUCGUUCACGAAGACCGGUUCCAUACACGCGGACGAAUCGGACUCUGACACCAGCAACUCUGGGGACAAUGACACUGGCGAUAGUGACGCCUCCAACGAUGCCUCCUGCGACGAGCUCCCCGGAUGCGAGUCAAGAACUCUCGGCUUCCACCCGGGCCGCUCGCAGAGCGAGCUUUCCUCCUUCUGCGCGAUCUGA